AUGGUGGCCAGCGCAUCGGCUAAUAAUAUAUGCACAAAAUUCAUAGUGAGUCCACGUGGAGUGAAGCUUUUCAGCUGCCAAUGGGGACCCACAGAUACAGAGGCAAAAGCUCUGAUUUUCCUCUGCCAUGGCUACGGCAUGGAGUGUAGCAUCUCCAUGAGAGGCUGUGCCGCUCGACUAGUGAAGGCGGGCUAUGAAGUGCACGGGAUCGACUGCGAAGGCCAUGGGAAAUCGUCCGGCCUGCUCGGACCCAUCACCAGCUUCGAUGAUCUCGUCCACGAUCUCUCCGAUCACUUCACCAAUAUAUCCGAGAGGAAAGUGAAUAGGAAUAAGCUGAGGAUAUUAAUGGGGGAAUCAAUGGGAGGGGCGAUGGUCCUAUGCUUGCAUAGAAAAAUGCCUGCCUUUUGGGAUGGUGCCAUUCUUGUUGCACCCAUGUGUAAGAUUGCGAAGGAAAUUGUUGAAAAACAAAGCGCGUGGUAG